GGGGCGGGGCGAAGCUGUGCGUGCUCAGGGCCGAGGUACGCUUCCGGCGGCCGUUGAAACAUGGCGACUGUCGCCGAACUGAAGGCUGUUUUAAAGGACACCUUGGAAAAAAAGGGAGUGCUAGGGCACUUAAAAGCAAGGAUCCGAGCAGAAGUUUUCAGUGCCCUGGAUGAUGACCAUGAAUCUCCACCAUCGUUGUCUCAUGAAAACCUUCUAAUUAAUGAAUUAAUUCGGGAGUAUUUGGAGUUCAACAAAUACAAGUAUACAGCAUCUGUCCUCAUAGCAGAAGCUGGUCAACCUGUAGUUCCACUGGACAGACAGUUUCUCAUCCAUGAACUAAACGCAUUUGAAGAAUCAAAGGAUAAUACAAUACCUCUUCUGUAUGGAGUUUUAGCUCACUUCUUGCACGGAACUAAGGAUGGCAUCCAGAAUGCAUUCCAGAAAGGACCUUCUUUGCAGCUUCCACAAUCCAGUCUCAAUAGACAGCCCAGCAGAAGCAAGCAGAUGGGUACCAGUUUCCUGAGAUGCGUUAUCUAGCAGUCCAUAAGUGUUCACCUAAGACAGGAGCUGCAGCCAAGUGCUCAUGCUGAAGACCUUCAUGCUUCCUAGGCUGUCAAGGGGUGACGCACCCCCUGGGUAGCUCAUAGCUUAUAGUUUUGUGCAGUAAAUCACUGAUUGAUUGUCCCAGUGUUACCACUAAUAUCUGCACUUUGUAGAAAUUUGAGUUUCUCCAGAACAUCCCUCACGGUCAACUGCACUUGUAAAUAAAAGCCAUCUCUGCCAUCUGGC